UGCUUUCAGUCCCCCUAAAAAAAAAUCUUAAUCAUAAAGUCCAAUCCCAUUCAAAUUGCAUUUUUCAUUUUUUAUGUUUUUGUCUCUAUAUCUAUUUUGAUGCAUUCAUCUUUCAAUAAGGUGACUCAGAGAUGGGUAUAUACAUAUAAUUCAGUUGUUUUCAAUCCCCCUCAAAAAUAGGUCUUAAUCAUAAAGUCCAACCCAAUUCAAAUUGCAGCAUAUUUAUCUCUAUAUCUAUCAUAAGUCCAGCCCGAUUCAAAUUACAGUUUUUUUGUCUCUAUACAUUCAACAGCAGAGACCCCUGUGCCACUGAAGCUCCACAAUAAAAUUUUGUUUUGUAUUACUUUGUACUCAUGGCUUCUGCUCUCAUUCCUUGUGUCAUGAGGGCAUCCGUAGCACCACCACCUAAGCUGUUAAUUUUUAUGAUUGUUGUUGUGAUUGGUCUUGGUAAUAUUGUUGGGGGCCAAGAAGAAGAUCUUGUGAAGGUUGCAAGAGAUGGAGAGAUGUUUGAGUGGUUGAAGUCAGUAAGGAGGAGACUUCACAGACACCCAGAGUUAAUGUUCAAUGAGUUCAAUACAAGCAAGGUGAUAAGGGAGGAGCUGGAUGCAAUGGGAGUGCAAUAUGAAUGGCCCUUUGCAAAGACAGGUUUGGUUGCAACUCUGGGAUCGGGCACUGCCCCUGUUGUUGCCCUUCGUGCUGAUAUGGAUGCUCUCCCUCUCCAGGAGCUUGUGGAUUGGGAACAUAAGAGUGUAAAUAUUGGAAAAAUGCAUGCUUGUGGACAUGACGCUCAUGUCACUAUGCUUCUAGGGGCCGCCAAAUUGCUCCAUCGGCAACAGGAUAAACUGAAGGGCACUGUAAGACUUAUUUUUCAACCAGCAGAAGAAGGAGGUGGAGGUGCUGCUCAUAUGAUUCGUGAAGGUGCACUUGGAGAUGCAGAAGCUAUAUUUGCAAUGCAUGUUACACCUGAAAUAUCAACCGGGAUUAUAUCUUCAAACCCAGGGCCAAUUUUGGCCGGUUCGAGUGUUUUUGAAGCUGUUAUAACAGGAAGAGGUGGGCAUGCUGCUAUGCCACAUAGGACUGCAGAUCCUAUUGUAGCUGCAUCACUUACAAUUUUAAGUAUACAGCAGAUUAUUUCUAGAGAGACCGAUCCCCUUGACAGUCAAGUAUUGUCAGUGACUUUUGUUGAAGCUGGAAAGGGUUACAAUAUAAUUCCAAACAAGGUGCGGUUUGGAGGCACACUGAGAAGUCUCAGCUCUCAAGGACUUGCUCAACUAAGGAAAAGAAUCAAAGAGGUAAUAGAGAUGCAGGCUGCUAUAAGUGGAUGCACAGCAUCCAUUGACUUCAAAGAAGAACGCCCUGAGUAUCCUCCUACUGUAAAUGAUGAAAAGAUGCAUAAUCACAUUCAGAACGUUGGGAAAACGUUGAUUGGGUCACACAAUGUGAAGCUUGGAGAGAAGACAAUGGGAGCAGAAGAUUUUUCAUUCUAUCAACAGAAAAUACCAGUCGGUUUUUUUUGGAUCGGUGCAAAGAAUGAAAGUAUUGAAGCAGUUCAUAACCUUCACUCCCCUUAUUUCUUCCUGGAUGAAGAAGUACUUCCCUUGGGAGCAGCCUUGCAUGCAACAAUUGCACUAAAGUAUUUAGAAAAUGAAGGACCACUCAGUGGGUAGAAGACCAAAAUCACUGAUUGAAAGCAUUACCAACUUUAGAAGAGGCCAUUAAUUUCCAUUCUCCAUGAAAUUGAUGAUCUCAAGUUUUCCCAUUAGUGUUGAUGGUAUUAUCAUUCAAGUUUACAUCUAACUUAGAACAUACAAUUUCUUAUAUUUUUGAUAUAUAUGUGUGUAAAAGACUAUGUUCAAUCUGGUUUCAAGAGUUAUAAUGAGCUCAUAUUCCUCUA